AUGCGCCGUGUGCAUGCGUUGCAAGACGCUUACUGUGCAUGUGCUGAAAGGCACCGCUGCAUGAUCGUGCUGCCCAGCACGUGUUAUGAACCCCUUCGUCACCAUGCCAAGAUGCUCCCAACUCAAGAAUGUGCUGAGAGGCCAUCCUGCCACCAUGCCGAGACAUAUGUGGCAUCCAUCUCACUAUGCCAAGACGCCCUAAGCGAGAGGCACCCUGCCACCACGCCGAGAGGCAUAUAUGUGGCAUCCAUCUCACCAUGCCAAGAUGCCCCAGCUCCAAAGAAUGUGCCGAGAGGCACCCCUGCAUGUCGAGAGGCAAGUGGCAUCUAUCUCUAAAAGAAUGUGCCGAGAGGCACCAAAGUGCUUGGGCGUGUGAAGUAUCACGAUGGGUGACGCCCUGAGAAGUUUAGCCCAAGACAAAUAUAAAAAAACCCUAAACCCUAAACCCUUUAGUGGGAGAGUUGCCACCAGAUCCCAUAAGAACUCCGGAGUUAAGCGUACUCGGGUGGGAGCCAUCCUUGGAUGGGUGACCUCCUUGGGAAGUCCCCAGGUAUGUGUGCAUGCGUUGCGAGACACUUGGUGUGCAUGUGCUGCAAGGCACCGCUGCAUGAUUGUGCUGCCCAGCACGUGUUAUGAACCCUCCAUCACCAUGCCAAGAUACCUUGAGCAUCGAAGAACGUGCCGAGAGGCACCCUUGCCACCAUGCCAAAAGGUAUAUGUGGCAUCCAUCUCACUAUGCCAAGACACCCCAGCGAAGAACGUGCUGAGAGGCAUAUAUGUGGCAUCCAUCUCACCAUGCCAAGAUGCCCCAGCUCCAAAGAAUGUGCCGAGAGGCACCCCUGCCACGAUGUCGAGGCGCAAGUGGCAUCUAUCUCCAAAGAAUGUGCCUGAGAGGCACCAAAGUGCUUGGGCGUGUGAAGUAUCAGAAUGGGUGACCUCCUGAGAAGUUCAGCCCAAGACAGUUAUCAAUAAAAAUAAAAAUAAAAACCUAAACCCUAAACCCUAAAACCCAACCCUCCUUUGUGGGAGAGUUGCCACCGGAUCCCAUAAGAACUCCGAAGUUAAACGUGCUCGGGUGGGAGCAGUCCCUGGAUGGGUGACCUCCUGAGAAGUCCCUGGGUAUGUGUGCAUGCGUUGCAGAGAUGCUUGCUGUGCAUGUGCUGAAAGGCAUCGCUGCAUAAUCGUGCUGCGCUGAGAGGCACCAAAGACGCCCCCAGCCACGAUGUCGAGAAGUGCAAAUGGCAUCUAUCUCCAAAGAAUGUGCCUGAGAGGCACCAAAGUGCUUGGACGUGUGAAGUACGGGAUGGGUGACCUCCUGAGAAGUUUGGCCCAAGACAGUUAUCCAAAAAAAAAGCCCUGAACCCUAAACCCUAAGCCCAAAGCCAUAAACCCUAAACCCUAGACUGUUCUUGCAAAAGAUCCCUUUAUGGGCUAUUCUUGCAGUAUGGAAGGAUUUUAGAUGUUGUUGCCCUGAAAAUAGAGAAACUCCGAGGUCAAGCAUGGGUUGUAUUCAGUGAACUUACUGCUGCGAGUACUGCAGUUCGCCAGAUGCAGAACUUUCCUUUUAUGACAAACUAAUGAGGAUACAGUAUACCAAGAUGAAGUCAGAUUGCAUUGCUAGGGAGGAAGGCACAAAUAAUCCACAGGAGAAAAGGAAGAAGCAAGAAGAAAAGCUGAAAAGAAGCGGAAUGCCAAAGAAGUGCAGCAAUCUGAGCUGCCGACGGCGGUCCUCAUGCUGAGAUUAAUGGGGCUUCUCAAGCAUUCCAAGGAAGCCUGAACCUGAAGAUGCCGUCACCACCCUGAACAACAUCCUCUUCAUCCAGAACCUGCCUCAUGAGACAACAAGCAUGAUGCUCCAGAUCCUCUUCCAGCAGUACCCCAGCUUUAGGGAGGUCCGGAUGAUCAACGCCAAGCCCAGUAUCACCUUUGUUGAAUUUGAGGAUGACGUCCAGUCCUCCAUCGCCAUGCAGUCUCUCCAGGGCUUCAAGAUCACCCCCACAAUCCCAUGGCCAUCUCCUACGCCAAGAAGUAAACCCCAACCACCACAGAGAAUUGAAGGACCAGCUCUCUCUCUCUCUCUCUCUCGCUAA